AUGGACCUCAAAGAAUCAAUGAGGUGCCAAGAAGAUGUUGCACUCAGCAUCACAAAACACUUAUUCUCAAAAGAAGAUUAUCAACAGAAGAAUCUCAUCUUUUCACCCUUGUCUCUCCAUGCGGUUCUUAGCGUCAUGGCUGCUGGUUCAGACGGAAACACACUCAAUGAGCUUCUUUCCUUCCUCCGAUUUGACUCCAUCGACCAUCUCACCACCUUCUUCUCUCAGGUCAUCUCCCCUGUGUUGUUCUCCAACGACGCUGCUGAUGCUUCUUCAAAUCAUCUGUGUUUUGCCAAUGGAAUGUGGAUUGAUGAUUCGCUUUCCCUUUCCCAUUCUUUUAAACAACUUGUUGCCACUCAUUACAACGCCACUCUAGCUUCGGUUGAUUUUAAGACCAAGGGUGAUCAAGUGCACCAUGAAGUAAAUUCGUGGGUGGAAAAGGAGACGAAUGGCCUUAUCACACAGCUUCUUCCUCCCAGGACUGUAAGCAACUUAACCAGGCUUAUAUUUGCAAAUGCACUACCCUUCAAGGGUGAGUGGAAACAUAAGUUUGAGGCUAAACCAAUCAAAUAUAAUUUCUACCUCCUUAAUGGCACCUCAGUCAAGAUCGCAUCCAUGGGAAGCAAAAAGAAAGAGCAUCUUAUCAGCGUAUUCGAUGGUUUCAAAGUCCUCGGCCUUCCUUAUAAACAAGGUAGAGAUAAAAUGCAUGGGUUCACCAUGUAUAUUUUUCUUCCGGAUGCAAAAGAUGGACUUUUUUCAAUAAUUGAAAAAUUGGCUUCAGAAUCUAGUUUCUUGAAUGAUAAGUUUCCUCAACAAGAAGUAAGAGUACGUCGAUUCGUUAUUCCAAAAUUCAAGAUUUCUUUUACAAUUGAAGCUUCUGAUGUGCUGAAGGAGAUGGGAGUGGUUUCACCUUUCUCUCAACGAGAUGCAGGUUUUACAAAAAUGGUGGAGGAGGUGAACUCUCCUUUGGAUAAAUUAUACGUGGAAAGCAUGAUUCACAAAGCUUUCAUUGAGGUAAAUGACGAAAAAACUGAAGCUUCAGCGAGCACCCUUAUCCGGGCAAGGGCAAUGAGAGGUGGUACUAGUGCAGCUUUGACAGGCAUAGACUUUGUAGCUGAUCAUCCUUUCCUCUUCUUGAUCCGAGAAGAUUUCAGUGGAACAAUUCUCUUUGUGGGGCAAGUGCUCGAUCCUCUUGAUGGAACAACCAAUUAG